GCCAGGGGCGAUCGCUCGCUGUUGGAGGACGUCUUCGGUGGCUCCUGUGAGUAUUUCUGGCGCUACCAAAACGCCUUAGAUCGGGUCCAGCUCUCCGAGGAGCAUGCGCAAGAUCCUCGACGUGCAGAACUGCAAGCAGGCCUCGAAACUGCCAAGGCGGUCCUUCAGGACAUAGGCAGCUUCAAGGUUUGGCUCCUGGAGAUGACCCCACCGACAGAUCUGGUUUACGAGGGCCUCGGAACCUGGCCACUGGAGCGCAUCCAGCUGGAGCCAACUUUGAAAGGCUGCAACAAAGCCACUGCGCGCUUUAUGUCCACACCAGCCUUGCCUUCCUGUUUGAAGCUGGACAGAACUUCAGGAGAGAUUGCCGGCACUGUGGAAGACCCGGAGGACGACGUCUGGGCGCAGUCGUAUACCAUCAUUGCCUCGAAUGCAGCGGGCAUGACCUGUGCCGAGGUGAACUUCAGUGGGAGAAGCUUGCCCCCGAAGAUCAUGAAGUAUGCCGGUAUACCUGGUGAGACUGUGCGUUGCAUGGUUGGCCAGAAGAUCUGCUGGCUGCCAAAAAUUGCGGGUGGUGCUUGCCACUGGUCAGUCCAACCAGCAUUGCCUGAUGGAAUCUGGAUUGAUGAGGAAAGUGGCUGCAUUUUUGGGUCUGCUGCUGUAGCGGCUGAGAAUGUUCUGUAUUCUGUCACAGCCACCAAUGGUGGUGGAUCGGACAGCUUCAAGUUUGAACUGAGCGUGGAGGGUAUGCAGCCAACUCAGCCAGCUGCAUGUCUGGCUUGUGAUGGCGCUGGCUGUGGCUUGUGCUCAAAGAAAAAAGAUUUGGAUCUGCAGAAGCCAGCAGCUGUGUGCCAGCUGGAGUGGCGCAAAGAACGGCGACCGGAGCACAGCGGCUGGACCUCGCACUCCUUUCUGCAUGCCUUGCUGGAAGACGGCCGCACCAUGCGCGUUCAGCGCUUUGAAGGCUCCGAUGCAUUGGUCUCCUGGUUUUGGCCAGGCCAAGAACCGACCGCGGGCACCAUUUACAAAGACAGAGUGGCUCGGGCUGACAGCUUGAAGCCCAAACUGACGUCUGCAGAGCUGCGGGACGUGGCUGAGAUGAAAGCCAGCUGUGCUUACGAUACAGCAUAUCACAACUGCCACCAUUUCGCGCGUGAUGUAUGGAACGCCGUGGUGGUGGCUAGCCUUCAAUGCCAGCACUACCCCGACAGGCUAAAGAUUGGGCUGCUGCGGGGAGCCAGCAUGCCGCUGCGUGUGGUGGCCCACGGCUAUGAGAAGGCUGUUCUCUUAGAAGAGCAUGCCGCGCUGCGUCUUAGAGAAAAGCGCUGCGGGUGGGCAGGGACGCGCUUCCAAAGGCAGAGGUCCAGUGUUCUGGAUGUUUCAACUGUGCGUCGACGGGCCGUCGCGUCGGCACUAGUGAUAGCCGCGCUAGGCGUGGUACUCGUCUUCGGAAAGUCUGCAUCUUCACCUGGGGCUUUGCCUACUCCGGAGCAGAGCGAGGCUCGCCAUGGAUUGCAGGCCAUAAACUUGGAUGACUCGACACCGGCAGAAAGCUCGCUUCAAGCCGAUGUGAGCGAGGGCGGCGCGAGCGGAGAAAUUGACGGAGCCGCAGCCGAAGCAAUGUCCUCGGAGCAAGUUGAGGAGACAGCGCCAGAGGCCGCGGACACACAGAUGGCUGAUUUCAAUUAUCCAGAGAUGAUGGCUCCUCACGCCAACUUCGUUGAGGAUUUGGACGGCAAUGUUGGCGGCAUCACAGAUGCGUCGGAUGGUGUGCCUAUGGUGGCAGAUGAUAGUUCGGACAGUGGAGACCUAGAAGGGCUUGGAGCUGUGACAGACACCGCGGAGCCUGCUAUGGAGCCGGGAAUAUCUCAAGCUUGGCCGGAUGCGGUCCAUGCUGCUGGGCAACUUUCUCCGUUUGGUGCUGGCGAGUUUCGAGCCAUCCCGUACUCAUCCAUGGGGGACAGUGUGGAGGUGUCUGAUGCAAGCAAUGUCCCCAUGGACUGCACUGGACAUCCCCAGACGUGGAGCUCGCAGAAGCACAGUUGGUGCUGCGGCAUUCCCGGCAUCCACUGCAGUGAUUCUGUGAUCAUCCAUCAUCAUGUGGUUGUACACUACAACUGCGAUGUUGGCUACUCUCAUUGGGCAACUGCUUGGAGCAGCGCAAAGCAGGACGCCUGCUGCCACCAGGAGGGUCGAGCUUGUACAGUCUACCAUUGUCAUCAAGGCUUUGAGACGUCAUCCGAGACUUGGUCUGCUGCUAAAAGCGCCUAUUGCUGCGCCCACUUCCAAAUGGGCUGCAAAGUGGUGAGCUAUAGCUGCACGGCAGAUUUCGACGACUGGCAAAACAAGUGGACCAAGAAGAAGAAAGAGUGGUGCUGCAAGACAGUGGGCAAGGGGUGCCCCAAGACGUACAGCUGCAACACAACCACAGAGAACGAGACGAGCACUUGGGAAAAGGACCAACAAGAUUGGUGCUGUCUGCACUACGGCGUUGGCUGCCCCCUCUACUCUGCGCCAUACAGCUGCAAGGGUGACGAUGCGGACAUCCGGGAGUGGUCAGAAGGCAGGCAAAAGUGGUGUUGCGCACACUACCGCCACGGUUGUUCAAAGGAUGUCACGAAGCCCUUUGAUUGCUCUGCUGGCUCGAGUUGGUCCGAUGGCAAAAAGGCCUGGUGUUGUCAUAACGAGAAGCUUGGCUGCAACUCAACGGGACACUUUGACUGCGCCGCCGGCUUCUCAAACUGGCGGAGGGGGUGGUCUCCAGUUAAGCGAGAAUGGUGCUGUGCCAGAGAAAGGAAAGGUUGCCAUUUCACAUGCAAGCAAUCGGAAAAGGACCAGUGGUCUGAAUCUGAGCAGGAGUACUGCUGUGAUACCCUGCAUAUUGGUUGCAGGACAGCAUCGCCACAGUCAGUUGACUGCAAAGCUGGCUAUGAGCAUUGGAAAACAUUGUGGACUCCAGCCAAGCAGAAAUGGUGUUGCAAGAGCUACGGACGUGGUUGUCCGAUGCCGGAGCCCUUCGAUUGUGAGGCUGGCCUGGCCAACUGGCACGCCGGUUGGUCUGACAAGAAAAAGGCCCACUGCUGCAGCAAUUUUCACCUUGGAUGUGAGCAUGAUGACGCGCCUGUCGAUGUGCAUGUCAUCGCGCAUCCCCCGGCGCAUGAUUGCGUAACUGGUUACAGCACUUGGCGCCAGACCUGGUCAACUGCCAAGAAGCAUUACUGCUGCCACAAGUAUGAGCUGGGAUGUGAUCACGAUCAUGGCGGAGGUUCCACUCCAUCCUAUGCAGAUCCAUUUGAUUGUUCAGCAGGAUAUGCUAAAUGGCGACGCGGCUGGUCAGGCAAGAAGAAGGCCUUCUGCUGCAGAAAGUAUCAACUUGGUUGUGAAACUCACUCCCAUCCAGCUGCAGAGCCGUUUGACUGCGCAGCAGGGUAUGACAACUGGCAACAUGGUUGGUCCAGACACAAGAAGGCAUACUGCUGCCAGAAGUACGAGCUUGGAUGCGUGCAUGGCUACAUGGGUGGAUUGCAUUCGGACGCCUUUGAGAACGUUCAUCUCCAUGGCAAGCCUGGCCAUGUUUCGUUUGUGACACAUCACCACCACAUCCACUACCAUGAUGGCUUCAUGAAGAAGUAG